CACGGAUGGAUCCAGGAGUGGGUAGAUUAUAUCUUAACGGCGAAGCCCAGAGGACCAUCUAAUCUGCGAGGGUUCAGACAAUGGUCCUCGAGUGCAUGCCUGUCGAUCCAGCCAUUCAUCCUUAACAAAGCGGCACGCAAAGUCGAGAAACAGCCACAUCGCCAAAUAAUUGGACCUCCUGGGACCAAAUUGAUUCCAUCGGCUGCGUUAAGUUCAGGACGAGUGGGUUCGCACAUGUAGACUUCAUAGUGCUCAUGAGCUCGACCGUGUGCGAGCGCUCAGACAUCCUGCUAGGAGGAACAAACAGCCCGAACCCCAGUAAAGUAUCACCUACUGGAGAACACAGAGUAUUGUGUACCAGAAAUCUAAGCGCAGAGGCAACAUUGAACCAGAGACGAUAUUCUUUAUUAUCGAACCGGGAUGCGCUCUACCCUCAAUCUGUCUGUGCUGUACUUGCAAAGAGUGCACCCAUACAAAUGAGGCCGAUUGAUGAACCCCCGGUAUCCGGGCCAGGGGAAUGGGAAGAAGCGUAUUUUCGGCCCCAGGAACCAGAGAGUCUGGCACCGAGACUAGACAUGACAGUGAACGCUGGCCCAGCGGCUAACACUAAAACUCCCACCCCGUUUUGCUCAGGACAACCUCAAGAGGGAAAGACUUCUCCAAUCAUCAGAAAACGGCCCCCUCUAUCUAAUAUAAUAUUACGAAGUCAUGUCAUAGACGCUGGAGUCCAUAACAAACUACUACCAACCCCCAGUGUAUCAGCGGCCAACUUGGCUACACCCAGCAGCAGCCUGCUCUUGCACAUAAUUACCCAUUUGUUCGGACGGUAAU